CAAAUACCAGCCUCCAGCACAUCCCUUUCCCCCACUUUCAGUGAGCAUUACUCGGGCUGUCAAGAUGAUGGACUCGGACGAAGACGAUAUCUAUCCGGAUCACGAUGAGUCGAACGGCCAGAAACACCAAGGUGAGGUGAAGAUGGAGGACGCCGACGACGGUGAAGAGGAAGGCGAGGAAGUCGAGGAGGAAGAAGACGAUGAUGAUGAUGUCGAUUUUAUCAUCGACGUCAAGGAUGAGCCCAAGCCAGAGCCAGGCUCUGGACCAGGUUCUCAGACAAAGAGGCUUCCUGGACUCGGACCAGCUGGUGCAGAUGUGCGGAAAUCAUCAUCAACACCGACGCCAGCAAUGAAAGCAGGCACACCCGCAGAUGUACGAGGCGGAUCGCAACCUCCGAAUGAUCGUCCUGGCACCGACUAUCCAGCGCGACACACGUCCAAGAUCGAUCCGAACGGUAACCCCGUACACCCCGCCACUGGCAAGCCCAUCAUGUCCACCGACUUCGAUGUUGAUUUCCCCUCGGAAUCGUCAAAGCCCUGGCGCAAGCCCGGGGCAGAUAUAACGGACUACUUCAACUACGGAUUUGAUGAAUUUACGUGGGCAUCUUACUGCCUCAAGCAAGAGCAGAUGCCAAAAGAAGUGAAAGAGAUCACACAACAAGCAGAACAAAUGAAAGCGUUUGUAGAAGGUAUCCCUGGAGGUGGCAUGCCAGGGGUGCCUGCGAUGCCAGGUGCACCGGCAGCUGAUAUGUCACAAAUGGCAAUGCCCAAUGACGCACAAAUGCAGCAAAUGUUCGCUGCAAUGACGUCUCAGGGUCUGGAUCCGACAACGAUGGACCCUGCUCAGUUUAUGCAGUUCAUGGCAGGCGGAGGAGCGGCCAUGAUGGGACAACCCCAGCCGCCCACUGGUCCCUCUGCUUCGUUUGCAGGGGGUGGAGGAGGAGGGUUUGAUCAAGGGGGAGGCGGCGGCGGCGGUGGCUUUGGUGGCCGCGGAAGAGGAAAAGGUGGGAGGAGAAAUUGGUAGAGACAGUUUCGUCAUCCGGACUCGCCCGUCCAUUACUGAUCACAACUUGCUGUCUCGGCCAACGAGCCUGACCGCUUCCGGCUCUAUCAUGGCCAAAAUUGACGGAAGGCUUUGAACCUGCGGCACCGAAAUUCCACAUUUCGCUUUGCUCGUGAGUGCCAGUGACUUCAACGACUUGCCUCAACAGCUUGAGGGCAUCUCAUAUAGGGCGCGACGGCUCAACCGAGCAAUGAGAUGAAAUUCUAACAGAGUCUGGUGGACAUGUUGAAGCAAGUUCAACCACAGGGCAUUACUACCUACCGCCAGAGGACGACGGCGGGAGCAGCUCACCUGAACCAUCUUGCUUGGUCUUAUUUGGCUCACUGUAACAGAAGCAGGACGCAAUCAUGCACGUACACACACACAAUCGACUUCAUGUUAAAUUCAUUGCAUUGGCUUAC